AUGAAGUUCACUGCCAUCAUCGCCUCCCUCUGCCUGGUCGCGGCUCCAUUCGUCGCCGCAGAGGAGGAUAUCACUUCAACUGCAACCAUGACCAUCACGAAGACUCUGAUUCGCGUCAACUCGGUGACCCCAACUCCUAGUUCCGGCGCGAGUUCCAGCGCAGGUUCUGCAAGUGCCAGCGCAAGCAGUAUUUCCACCAUGUCUGCUUCGACUUCGACUCCUCUGUCUCACGCAACCUCCACCACUUCUUCUGCCGCUGCCGCCACCUCGACUGGCGCAGCAGCCAACAUUGGCGCUGGCAUGCCAGCUGCCUUGGCCGCCGCUGGCUAUAUCGUUGUGAUGUUGGGCCAAGCCCUGUAA